UGUAGGCAUCCCCGUUCUCAGCAACAUCAAAGUUGGUUACAACCUCAUGGACCACAUAGCAGUUGGAGGACUUACGUUCAUAAUAAACCAACCUUUCUCUUUGAGGACAGAGAAAAUCAUAAACAAGGAGAAACUGGACAUGUACUUCAACCAUCACAAAGGACCGCUGUCUAUACCAGGAGGAUGUGAAGUCCUUGUCUUCCAUGACUUCAAAGACCCACAAAAUCCUGACGGCUAUCCGGAUAUAGAACUGCUCUACCAAGGAGGAUCUCUUGUUUCCGAACCCACACUGAAGAAAGAUUUUGGUAUACUUGAUGGUAUCUACGACAAGGUUUACAAGAUGGUUGAAGACGCAGAAACGUUCAUGGUCCUGCCCAUGUUGAUGAGACCAAAAAGUAAAGGCAAACUGCUACUGAGAGACUCCAACUACAAAUCCAAGCCGAAGAUAUUCCCUAACUAUUUCGCGUAUAAGGAAGACAUGGAGACUAUGAUGAAAGGAAUCAACUUGGCACUGAACAUAUCUGCACAGCCGGCUUUGCAAGCAUUAGGUGCCAAGCUCCACAGUAAACCGAUCCCGCAAUGCUCGAAUCACACCUUCGGCAGCGACGCCUACUUCGAGUGCAUGGCCAGGUACUUCACGUUCACCAUCUACCAUCAGAGCGGCACCUGCAAAAUGGGGCCGAAAUCCGACAAGAAGGCCGUCGUAGACCCCCGUCUCAGAGUAUACGGCAUCGAAAGGCUCAGAGUCAUCGACGCAUCGAUCAUUCCUGAGAUACCAGCUGCCCAUACCAAUGCUCCCGUGUACAUGAUCGCCGAGAAGGGAGCUGAUAUGAUCAAGCAUGACUGGGGAUAUCAUACGCAUACGUAACGGGAACAGGAACGUUGUAUACCUGUGAUAUUACUAUUUAAGUGUACAGACCUAGUGUGUAAAACGAUUAUUUAAUAAGUAUUUAUGGAAUUUAACUUACUAAAUAAAGAAUGCGUCCUUCUGUAUAUGUACAUAAAUUAUCCUAAAGAGCGUUAUCAUUGCUGGUUUUGUUCCUCUCAUGAAGCUCUUUCAUUUGAUACAUACAGUAAUGGACAAAAGUAAAUAGACAAAUAUGAAUAUUUACCUAAAUACCUUUAGAAAACGAAUUCAUACUUCAUUGCUCCAUAAACAAAUGCGUUAUUAGUAGAAAAACUAAAUUCCUUGAUUUUACAUUAUCUGCAAUGAACACAAUACAAGUCUGAAAUAAGCACUUUUUUAGGAGGGACAAAAAUAUGUAGACAAAUUCUUUUCAACAUUAGUUUAGUACAGUUUCAUGUCAGAAGAGGAUUAGUUUGUGUUCACCAAGUAUUGUGGAAUAAGUUCAGUGAUUUUAAGACCAUGCCGUGUGGUCCAGAAAUUUUUUUCGAUGUGAAAACUAAGAUCAUUGAGUUAUACAACGAUGGUCAACGUCAAGUCGACAUUGCCAAAAAUUUGAAGCUGGAGCGUAAAGCAGUUUGGGCAAUAUUGAACAAAUAUAAACAAAAAGGUAUGUUGGAAGCCUCUAAGAGAAGUGGUUGGCCUAGAAAACUAAAUGCUAGAUCAGUUAGAUUAAUAAAAGUAAUUUCGUCCAAAGAUCCGUUUAAAACCCCAAGACAAAUAAAAACCGAAAUCGAGACAAAAGGAAUUGUCAGUGCUUCUACGAAAACUAUAAGUAGAAUGCCCACUGUCAAACAUGGAGGCGGGUCUGUUAUGGUUUGGAGGUGCUUUUCGGGGUUUGGGAAGGGACCUUUACAUAGAAUAGAUGUCAUUAUGGAUAAGUUUGUAUACACAGACAUACUAAAACUAAAGCAUGUCAUGUUACCCUAUAUGGAAGACAAUAUGCCCUUAAGAUCAAUCUUCCAGCAAGCUAAUGACCCGAAGCACACUUCAAAUCUCGCAAAGAAAUUCUUUCUGGAUGAAAAAAUACCAGUUCUCAAAUGGCCUUCACAGUCUCCCGAAACAAACCCCAUUGAAAAUCUAUGGGAAUACUUAGAUAAGCAAAUAUAAGAUAAAAAUUAUUCAAACACGGAUGAACUUUUUGCCGCUUUAGAGCAAAAGUGGAGACAGAUUGAUGAAUCUUAUAUCAAGAAACUUCUACAAUCUAUGCCGAGACGAUGCCAGGCGGUGAUUGAUAAUAAUGGUUAUGCAACAAAAUAUCAACACAAACAUGGUUGGUUUUCUAUAAUUCGAUGAACUUUGCUUCUUUUUCCUAUAAUUGUUUUGCUUUGUCUAUAUAUUUUUGUCCUUCACGUUCCAGUUUUUUUCAAUUAAUUUUUUAUUGAUUGCUAUAACGAAUUAUGUAUACAGGUUGGUGUAUUAAUAAAAGAAGUUAAAAAAGAAA